AUGUCGUUCGGAAAGCUCUACGGUCUUCCUGAAAACGGUCGCACCAUCUCUGCCCUCGUCGCUGCUAAGAGCAACGACUUGGAGUUGGAGCUGGUCAACACCGAGGCCAACUCGGCUGCUGCUUUCAACCAGUCUGCUGAGUACACCAAGCUCAGCCCCCUCGGCAAGGUUCCCGCCUUCGAGGGUGCCAAUGGCUUCGCCCUCUCUGAGGCUAUCGCCAUUGCCGUCUACGUGACCUCCCAGAACGAGAAGACCACCCUCUUGGGUAAGACCAAGCAGGACUAUGCUUCCAUCCUCCGCUGGUUGUCUUUCGCCAACUCGGAGCUCCUCCCCCGCUUCGGUGCUUGGUACCGCCCUCUGAUGGGUCUCGACGGCUACAACAAGAAGAACGUCGACGAGGCCUCCAAGGCCGCCCUCAAGAACACCGCUGUUCUUGAGUCCCACCUCACUGCCAACACCUACCUGGUUGGUGAGCGUAUCACCCUGGCUGAUUUCUUCACUGCCUCUCUCCUCACCCGUGCCUUCGCCACCGUCUUGGACAAGACCUUCCGCUCCGAGAACCCCUCUGUCACCAGAUGGUACAACACCAUCGUCAACCAGCCCGCCUUCAAGGCUGUUGUCCCCAACCCUGUCUUCGCUGAGGAGUGCAUCAAGUACACCCCCCCCAAGAAGGAGGAGAAGCCCAAGAAGGAGGCUGCUGCUGCCCCUGCCCCUGCCGCUGAGCCCGAGAAGCCCAAGCCCAAGCACCCUCUUGAGGCCCUUGGCAAGUCCAACUUCAACCUCGAGGAGUGGAAGCGUUUCUACUCUAACGAGAAGACUCGUGAAGUUUCUAUGCCCUGGUUCUGGCAGAACUUCCCCGCCGACGAGUACACCUUGUGGCGUGUUACCUUCAAGUACAACGAUGAGCUCACCCUCACUUUCAUGGCCAACAACCUGAUCGGUGGUCUCCACGCUCGUCUUGAGGGUUCCCGCAAGUACCUCUUCGGUGCUCAGUCCGUCUUCGGUGCUAACAACGCCUGCUUCGUUGACGGUGCCUUCCUUGCCCGUGGCACUGAGGCUGCCCCCGCCUUCAGCGUCGCCCCCGACUGGGAGAGCUACGAGUUCACCAAGCUCGACCCCUCCAACGAGGCUGACCGCAAGUUCGUUGAGGACGUCUGGGCCUUCGACUCUGGUCUCACCCUCAAGGGCGAGAACCGCCCCUGGGUUGACGGCCACGAGUUCAAAUAA